AAAAAAGUUCCUUUUUGUUCCCUAAUUUUGCCCACAAAAAGCUCCUUCAAUCCAAAAAUGUUUAAUUAAUUUGUUGUAAAAAAAGAAAAGGGUUAUAGUACUCGAGAAUGUAUAUAAUAGUACUAAAUUGGAAUUAUUUUCCGAUGGGUGAGUGAUAUUCCAUAUGAAUUUUUUCUUAAUUAGGGGCAGAUGUAAGAGAGAAAUCAUCAUUUUUGCAAGAAACCCGGGAACCAAAUAACCCGACCCAAUUCCUCGUGCCAUAUUUCAUUUUUCACACACACACACACACACACACACACAGUAAACAACAGCUCACCGGCAGUUUGUUUUGUGAAAAAACCCAAAAACCCCGAGUUCGUCAAUUAGGGCUUUUGAAGCAUCGCUACUUCAAACCCAAACAAACAGCCGUUCCUCGUCAGUCAUUCUUUCUUCGGAGAAGAGAAAUGUGGCGAUCAAUGAGGCUAGCGCGGAAAGCUUUUCUCGGUUCCGCAUCUAAAUUUCGAGCUCCGCAGCACCACGCUCGUAAUCCCCAGGUACUCCAGUCUUAUCAUGAGAGUUUGCUGCCUCCUUUAGCUGCUUCUUGUUAUCAUUACUCCCAAUUAUCGCAUUUCACUUCACGGGUUUCUUUUCAAUCGCGUUUUGAUCGGAACCCGAGAUUUUAUUCGUCAGACCCAUACCCUGAAGAGGACGAACUUUUCACUGAGAAACCCAUUGUUGAUUCUGGAAAUGGUUUGGAUGAAAAUCUUUUUGGGGCUAACGAUAAUGGCUUUGAUGAUGGCAAUGCUGGUGUUUGGUCUGUGGAUUCAAGUUUAGAUUUUAGUAGUGAGUCUGUGGGAGAAAUUGAAAAAUUUGAUGUUGUGGAGGGUGAAGAUGAUAACGUUUCUGUUUCUGACGUUCCGAAUAACACUGAUGCAAUAGAGGAUAUGGUACAGAAAUUGGAAGAUUUAUUGUCUUUGCUUCAGAGUAGUGGUAGUGACAAGUCUUUAGAAUCUUGUCUUGAAGGUCUGGAUUUGGUAUUGAAUGAAGAUUUUGUUUUGAGGGUGCUUGAAACCCCUUUAGUUCCGGGAGAGAGUUUAAUUGAGUUUAUCCAAUGGGGUUUCAAGAAAAAUGAAGAUUUGGUAACUAAAAAGGUUAUAGAUGCCCUUGUUGGAGCCAUAAGCAAGGAAUUAAUUGCUAGAAAUUCUUAUGCCUUGUGGGAUCUGGUGAAGUAUGCUGGAGGGAAGGACUUGGGGAUUGUUAGUACUGAAACUCUCAAUGAGUUGCUGUCCUUGUUUUCGAGGUUGGGUAAAGGGAAAGUCGCCUUUGAGGUUUUCAACAAGUUUGAGGACUUUGGUUGUGUCCCAGAUGCAGAUACCUAUUAUUUCACUAUUAGUGCUCUUUGUAGGCGGAAGUUGUUUGAUUGGGCCUGCUCUGUGUGUGAAAAGAUGGUAAGUGCAGAUAAAUUGCAAGAAAGUGAUAAAGUUGGGGAGAUUAUUUCUCUUCUUUGCAAAGGAAAUAGACCAAAAGACGCUCAUAAUGUCUAUCUGUGGGCGAAAGAGAGGAAGAUGGAUACCUCACGGUCUUUAAAUUUCUUAAUAAGCUCGCUGUGUAAAAUAAACAAAAUGAUGAGUGAGGUUCAGACUCUUGCAAAGGAGACCCAUUCUCCCUCUCAAUAUGAAGCCGUUGAAGAAGAAGAGAAAGAAUGUAUCCAUUUGGCUUUGAAGAUGCUGGACGAUUUUCCCGAGAAAGAACGAACAUAUGCCAUCAAACCAUUUUCUUCUGUCUUUGUGGGAUUAUGUAGGAUGAGAGAAUUUGAGGGGGCACAGAAGUUGCUUUUCCAGAUGAUGGAAUCAGGCCCACCUCCUGGACAUGGGAUCUUCAAUACAAUCAUUACUGGCCUUUCCAAGGCUGGUGAACUUGAAGAGGCAAGGAAGAUGUUGAAAAUCAUGGAAGAUAGGGGCCUAAAACCUGAUGUUUACAGCUACACAGUCAUUAUCAGUGGUUAUGUAGAGGGUGGUGAAAUGGAGGUGGCUUGUGAAGUCUUUCAUGAAGCCAAAAAGAAGCAUUCCAAGCUAAGUUCUGUCACUUACCAUUCGAUGAUUCGAGGGUUCUGCAAGCUAGAACAAUUUGACAGAGCCUUGGGGUUGUUGGAGGAUAUGAAGAAAUCUGGUGUUCGCCCUAAUGCUGAUGAGUAUAAUAAGCUGAUUAAAUCUGUUUGCAUGAAGGAUUUAGAUUGGAAAACAGCAACAAAGCUACUGGAAGAGAUGGUGGAGAUGGGAUUGCAUCCAAAUGAGAAAACAAAAUGUCUUGUCAGGGCAGUUAAAGAGUUACAAGAGGAAACCACAGAAAGCCAAGCAGUAGAGGCAGCAGUAUAAGUUAGCCCUCUCUUUCUACAAUUGAAGCUAGGGUUUGAUCCAGGCACGCUGCUGUGUUCCGGAAACACUUUCGUCAUUCUUGUUGUCCCUGUUUCUGUGCCACAUAGAAAGAGAGAUGUCCACUAGACUAGAGCAUAACGGCCUUAGCAUUGGCUUUGAAAAAUUGUACUCACUUGAAACUCGUUUUAUGUUGCUGUCGCAAAUUUUUCCCUAGAGUAGCUUUACACAGUGAGUUAAUAGUCAGAAAUGUAGCUUUUGAGGCAACAGAGAAAGGUCUUAGACAUUCUAGUCCCUUCGGCCUGGUAAUCAUCAAUGAUUGCCAUGUUUUUCAUGAAGUUGAGAGGUGCGGAAACAUUUUCUGUUGAUGUUAUUCUUAUUUUACUAGCAUUGGUACGUUAAAAUGGGCAAUUUAUCAGAGAUGAGUCCAUGAGGUUACAUUAUCUAGCAGUUAAGUAGCUGUCACCUAGUUCCUGCAACUCCCAAAGGGGAAAGUGGCAGAAAAGUCUAAUUGGAAACGCAGACUUCCAACUUGACUUGUGAAUCUGCUUGGUUGUUCACCUUCCUUGUUCUUGUGUAUAGAUGGGAAACAAAGCAAUGGUGGUGAAAUAAUUCCACUAGUUACCAAUGUGUUUUGUUAUGUAUAUUGUAUUGUCAAAAUUUAAUAGGCUGCCUGCCUUUCCUUUAUACUUGAUGGGAUAAAUUUCCCAUUCUAAUUACAUGGGAACAUCUUGUCUACUUACUAAGCAGGUCAACUUGAGUUGGCCUGUGAGAUAUGUGAACCAUUGAGGUUUGGUUUAGUGGAGUACUUUACACUGGAAGAAGCAAAGAAUGCACUUGAUGGCCUGUCCA